AUGGUUCAGCCUCCUGAGGUUUAUGAGGAGACGUUUGAGCUGAAUGGAGUGCAAAUCAAGACAACCGUGAUAUCUGAUGUGAAAGAGAUAGAGAAGCAUAUAUCAUCUUUCCUUUGCCCUCCUAUUAAUCAUCAAACCAAAGUUAUCGGCUUUGAUGCCGAAUGGUAUCUGCUUCGUAGUCCGACGCAUCUUAAAUUAGUAACCUAUGCCUAUUCCAGAUGCGCAACGAUACAACUCUGUGAUGGACACUCAUGUCUUAUUAUUCAACUAAAUUGGUUAUGUGGUGGGUCAGCAUAUUGGGAAAACUACAUUCCGUUCAAAGCAUUGGUUAAUUUCCUCCGUCUUCCAAAUAUUACAUUUGUGGGAGUCGGUAUCAAAGAAAAUUUAGCUAUGUUGGAGAAGCAGUAUGGAAUUGUAUGCAGAAAUGCUGUGGAACUUGGACCGUUAGCUGCUACUGCUAUGAGGAUGCCUCGUUUGAGUUAUUGCGGUGUCGAUGAGUUAGCGUUUGUGGUUAAUGGAUUUCAUCUUGGAGAACAUAGGCCUUUAACAACAGCAUAUGACUGGUCUUGUAAACCUCUCGGCAAAGAUCUUGUUAAACUUGCUACUGUUAAUGUUUAUUCUUAUUUUAAGAUUGGGAGUACACUACUUCAAUCUAAUGUUGUAGGUGGUCUUGAUAGUGGCCUUGUUCGUCUUUGGUAG